AUGAGAAGGGUUUUGGUGGCGGCCCUUAUCGCACUCGCCACAGCAAAUCAACGAUAUGCGACUCCCUCUCGAUAUCCGACACCUCAACAAAAAUCUCCUCAAACAUAUUCUCGAUUGGAAUGUCGAGUAGACGAUCCUCUCUCUUGCAGUCAAGUGAAAGGAGAAGUUUGUGUCUUCUCAAAUGGUCAAUAUCGAUGUGAAUGUCCACCUGGCAUUUCAAGACUUGGAGAUGGCCGUUGCAAGAUGGUGAACGAAUGCUCUCAGCCGAAGCUCAAUCAAUGCCACAAAGAUGCUCGUUGUAUAGACAAGUCAGAUGGAUACACUUGUCAAUGCAAUGCCGGAUUCGCAGAUGUAUCACCGGAUCGAGUCAACAAACCUGGAAGACAAUGUCAACGAACACAAAAUGAAUGUGGACAAAAAUUGACAUACGGAGUCGAUUGUGAUUCUUCAGCGAGUUGCGUUGAUACGCCAGAAGGCUUUCAAUGCGUAUGUCAACCUGGAUAUACAGAUAUUUCAUCCACUUACUCGAAGAAUCCCGGUCGAAAGUGUGUUGAAGUGAUUGAUGAGUGCCGAAUGGGUACUGCCGAUUGUUCUCCCAAUGCUGAUUGUAUAGAUAAACCACAAGGUUUUGAUUGUCAGUGUCGAUCUGGUUUUGUGGAUGCCUCUCCUGAUAUCGAGUUUAAUCCCGGCAGAGUUUGCAAUAAACCAAAAGAGCCCGAGUAUUACGGAUAUUCAUCAGCACCUACAAGCGAGUGCUACGAUAGCUCAACAUGUGGACCCAACGAGGAAUGUCAAUUGGAUCGAACUGGGCGACGCGUUUGUAAGUGCCAAGCAGGAGCCGUGAAAGAUGAAAAUGGUCGUUGUCGAGUUUAUUCACAAUGUGAGCGAUCAAAGGAAUGCGAUGUGAAUGCGCAAUGCUCGAACGCUUAUUCGGGAGUGGAAUGUAAAUGUCCAUCUGGAUAUCUUGACGUGUCUCCCGACCCCGUCCGUCGGCCCGGAAGAAAAUGCCAGCAAUUGGUGAAUGAAUGCUCGGAAGGAACUCAUGAUUGUGAUCCACAAGCCGAGUGCAUUGACACGCAAACGUCGUACAUUUGCCGAUGCCCAUCGACUCUCACCGAUGUUUCUUCAAGAUACGGUAAACAGCCUGGACGCAAAUGCGCAAAGAGUGGAAACUAUUGCAAAGAUCGUUCACAAAACUCUUGUGAUGAGAAUGCGGAUUGCGUCGAACUGCCAGAUGGAUACACAUGCAAAUGUUUCGAUGGCUACGUGGAUGUCUCCUCAAAUGCCAAUCUUCCUCCAGGCCGAGUUUGCACUCUUCACACUCAAUGUCCGACCCAACCAACUGAUCUCGUUUUCCUCAUUGAUGGCUCCGGCUCUAUUGGAUCGUACAUUUUCCAGACUGAUGUGCUCAGAUUCAUUUCCGAAUUUGCUGAACUUUUCGAUAUUGGACCUAAACAGACUAGAGUGGCCGUUGUACAGUACUCGGAUCAGAUUCGCCAUGAAUUUGGUCUUGGCGAUUAUACGAAUGCUCGAUCAGUGCACGAAGCAAUUCAAGGAAUUGACUAUCUGACGGGCCUAACCCGAACAGGAGCAGCUAUUGAACAUGUGGCAACAGAGGCAUUCAAUGAAAGAAGAGGAGCUCGACCACUCUCUUCAACCGUGGCACGAGUUGUCAUUGUGAUCACUGAUGGACGAUCACAAGACAAUGUCACAAUUCCGUCGAGCAACGCUCGUCGAAUGGGAAUUCAACUUUUUGCCAUUGGAGUUACCAAUCACGUUCUUGACUCCGAAUUGGAAACAAUUGCCGGAUCAACAGAUGGCUUUUUCCAUGUCAAUGGUUUUGAGGAUUUAAAUACCCGUCUUCGUUCUCUUAUUCAAAAGGUUACCUGCCCAAAGGAUGAGCCUGAACAGCCAACUUAUGGUCCUUGUGAUCCAACGACACACACGGGUUGUGAUCGCUCAAAGAACCAAGUCUGCCUUGUCGAAAAUGGGCGUUUCAUUUGUGGUUGUCCAAAAGGUUUCGAGCUGCAUCCAGUCACUAAAGUUUGUGGAGGAGACCCAUGCAACCCGGAAAUUUCCACUUCUUGCCCAGAUCCCGAGGUUUGCGAGAAAACUCCAUUUGGGAAUUGGAGAUGUUCAUGUGCUGAAGGAUGGAGAGAUCCACACACUGGAGCGUGUAAAUUGUUGCCGAAAAUCGAAGGAAACAACGAUCAAUGCGAUCCAAAGACUGGCUGUCCAAAUGGAGUUUGCAAAAGAGCACCCGGAGGGGAUUACAUUUGUGAAUGCUUGCCGCCAUUUGUCAAGGAUCCAAAAUCAGACACUUGCCAAAAACAAGGGGGGUGUGAUCCAAAUUUCCCAUGCGACACUCGAAAAAGAGAGCAAUGUCUCCCCGAUGGAAAAGGAGGUUUCAGUUGUCAAUGUCCGACCGGAUAUGAAAGAGAUGAAAUCACUGGAAUUUGCAAGGUAAACGAAUGCUUGGGAGAGAACGAGUGCGAUCAAAAUGCAAUUUGUAAAGAUACGCCGGAAUCAUACAUCUGUACUUGCCGUGAUGGAUAUGAAGAUGUGUCAACAGACAAAGUACACAAGCCGGGACGCAAAUGUCGACAAUACGUCGAUGAAUGUGCUUUGGGAACUCACAAUUGCUCUGUGAAUGCUCUUUGUAUUGACCAUCCAAUUGGUUUCUUUUGUCGUUGCAAGGAUGGUUUUCAAGAUGUAUCUCCUGAUCCAAAUUUCAAGGGCACUGUCUGCCAACCCUACAUCAAUGAGUGUGAAAGUCCAUCACUCAACGAUUGCCAUAAAAAUGCCACUUGUCGAGAUACUUACGCCUCGUACACAUGCUCGUGCAAUGCCGGAUUUGUAGACACGGACGAACUUCGAAAUCCAGGAAGGCACUGCAAGAAAAUCAACGAUAUUUGUGAGACGGGCAAACAUGAUUGCUCAUCGCAUGCGACAUGUGUUGAAAGAGGAGCUCAUGAUUAUGAAUGUGUAUGCGAUGUUGGUUAUAUUGAUAUGAGUCCCGAUCCGGCACGUCUCGGCCGUGUUUGUAUUGAACAAGUGUGCCUUGAUCCCACAAAGAACACUUGCCACCCAGCCGCAACUUGCAAAGAGGUGGCAACUUCCGAGAAAUAUGUGUGCAAAUGCAGAGACGGAUGGCUUGAUAUGAACAAAUUCAACCCUGGUCGUGAAUGCAAAAAAUUGGACAAUGAAUGUGAGAGACGAGAUAAGAAUGACUGUGAUCCAAUUGCAACGUGCAAAGAUUUACCGGAUGGUUAUGAGUGUGUGUGCCCAGUGAACUCAAAAGAUAUAUCACCCGAUCCGACAAGACCCGGUCGGCACUGCAAAGCGCUCAUGGAUGAGUGUGGUCAUCCACAAUUGAACAACUGCUCUCGUUUUGCGAAUUGUCGAGAUUUGGAAGAAGGAUAUGAAUGCGUGUGCAAAUCUGGAUACAAAGAUGUCGAUCCGGCUCACCCUGGCACAAAUUGCACAUAUCCAAUCAACGAAUGUGACUUUGCCAAUAUGCACGAUUGUGGAAAGCACGCAACAUGUCAAGAUCUUGAAGUCGGAUACGAAUGUAUUUGCGAUCCACCCUACUUGGAUGUGAAUCCAGCAAAUCCCGGUCGUAUCUGUCGUUACAAUGAGUGCAGAGAUCCAAAGAUGAAUUAUUGUCAUAAAGAGAACGCCGACUGUGUAGACACAGAUGACGGCUUUUACUGUCAAUGCAAACCUGGAUUCUAUGAUGACAGCCCUGAUCCAUUACAGCCAGGAACCGUUUGCGUUGCCUUCAGCCUCGAAGAGACGACUUCCGUUGAGCCGGCGGUACAUAAAGGAACUAGAUGUGGCAGUACCUGGUGCAAUCCCGAUCUUGGAGAGGUGUGUCUUGGAGGCACGGAAUGUGUUUGUAAAAAGGGAGAAUCGAGAGAAUCACCAAAGGAAAAAUGUCAAGCCAUUGUUGAGAUUCCAAUUGUGAUUCACGUGGUCUCGAAGAAUGGGGAUACUCUUGUUUUCACUCCAGACCUUGCCAGUCCCACUUCAACCGAUUACAUUGAAAUCAGCGCCGAUUUCAAUAAAGGAGUUGGUUCAACGGUCAAGAAAACGGUUUACGGUGAAAAGUUUGUCGGCAGUGACGUCAAAUACAUCGCUCCUCCAAAGAUUGAAAAUCCUGAUUGGAGUGGUUUCAUUGUAAACGGAUCUUUGAAGCUCACACCUGGUGUUGAUAAAUGCAAGGUCUAUGAAGCAUUCACAGCUCAACUCGAAAGUCAAGGUCUACAACUUUCGCGUCUUGGAGUUGACAAUCUUGAUGAUCUUAAUCCCUGUAAACCACCUCAUCCAAGUGUCACAGGAGAACCGUGUGGAAAUGGAUUCUGUAAUGCUGAUUUGGGAGAAUUCUGUCUUGAGGGUACAUGCACUUGUCCCAAAGGAAUGAAACGAGCUGGCCCUAAAGACAAAUGCCAACUUGUCGAAUCAUGGAAUUUACCUCUAUAUGUCAUUCGCGAUCAUUCUUCCCCAAUCGCUUGGACAACCGAAUUGGCAAACCCAUCAAAUGACUAUCGCAAAGAGAUCGUUGAUCGCUUCAUUACGGGAAUUGCUGAAGUGUAUCACAAGAUUCCCGUUGGUAAAAGCUUUGUUACUGUCGAGGUCAACGAUAUUGAAGAACCCGCGUCAAGAAAUUCAUCUUGGGAAUCUGGUGGUCUUUUCAACUUCACUGUGCAUUUCGCUCGCAACACAGUCGAAACACCACAACGAGUUUACACUGAUUUGGUCGAAUAUAUCAAAUUCCGAAACGAUAUGGAGAUUGGCUCAAAGAAGUUGUACAUUUCACCUGAUCAGCUCGAUUGGGAAUGCUUCCAUUCGAAUUGUGGACCACAUUCAAUUUGCAGAGGAAAUGGACGUGGUGGAUACACGUGCAUCUGCUUGGCUGGAUUUGACGAUUUGAUGCCAAAUUUCCCGGGACACGAUUGCGUUGAUCAAAAUGGAUCCGAUUGGUGCACGAACAAAACCUUGAACACAUGCUCGGAACACGCUCGAUGUGUCCUCACCCAUCCACGAUACAAAUGCAUUUGCGAUGUUGGAUACAUUGAUGCAACACCAGCAGAUCUAGUUCCUGGCACAAUUUGUAAACCCAAUUAUUGUGCUGAUGUGAACUUCUGUCCCGCCAACUCCACUUGUCACAAUUAUGAAGAAAGCGCUCAAUGCGUAUGCAAAGCCGGAUUUGUGGAUGUGCGCAAAGCUGGAAAGGAGAAAUUGGAAGAGGCGGCACUUGAGCACAACUAUUGUCUCCCAUUGGGUAAUGUAAACGAGUGUAUCCUUGGACUACAUGACUGUCAUCUUGAUGCCACUUGUAUUGAUCUGAAGGAUGGCUUCACAUGCAAAUGCAAUGAAGGGUACGAGGAUUUGAAUGUUGAUAAUCCGGGACGAGCAUGUGCUCGUGUAUCUCGAAUUGGAACUGAAUGCCAUGGACAUGGAGAUUUCGUGACCACGAAGUUGGCCAAUGGGACAACUUCGGGUCUAUGCGUUUGCUAUGAUGGAUAUACGGGAGAGCAUUGUGAAACCGAGCCAUCUAAAGCUGGAAUCAUCCUUGCUUUGAUCCUUGCUCUCCUUUUCUUACUUCUCACUCUUCUUUGCUGUAUUUGGGCAUGUGCUCGUUGCAGAUGCUUCGGUGGACGAGGGGCAUCAGUUGGCACAAGCGGUCAAGAACUCGUUUCUGAAUAUUAUACCAUUCCACGAGCCAAACUAAAACCAGCAUACGCAGAGGACUUUGGAGACAAUGCAGGAGCACUUCAAGCCUAUUUGGAUGACGGCGCAUCAAUUAGUAGUGGUGGAUCACUUGAGGAAAUUGAACGCCGUGUGACAACAGAUGUGACAACAAGAGAAAUCAGAACGACCACCGUCACUGAUUCAGAGGGAAAUGUUCACACCACGCAAGCCGAGAUCUUCCACAAUGGACCAAUUGACUCAGUCGAGACGGAAGCCGAGCAAUUUGCGAUGACAUCCGCUGAUCAUUUCACUCAUGCUGCCGCUGGAGGAGCCUCCCGAUCUGGAAUGCACUCCAGUGCAUCGAGGUACGAAGAAGACAAUCUUUCUUAUGAUUCUGAUGCCGGAAACGCGACAGUGGAUAGAGUGAAUCGAGCAAGUCAACAACAUCAGUUCGAUUCGGGAAUGGAAAGACACCGAAAUGAAUACUCAACAACGAUGAAUUCCAGAGAGGAGGACUAUGCGACAGUGGGUGAAAUGAGGGGAAGAGGUACAGGAGAUGGAACAAUGGACAGAAACACAAAAUUCUCCACGCAACACGAUUUCCAACCGGGAUCCGAUCCACGAACGGGAGUCGAGCGCCGUCGUAACGACAUGGUCACCACAACCACUUCCAAUGAAGUCAACUACUUC